AUGGCUAAGACCGCAAUUGCUUACAAAGAAAAGAUGAAGGAGAUUUCAGUUCUCUCACUCAUCUGCUCUUGUCUGUACCCUGAGACCCGCAAAAACAUCAUGGGUGACUUUGAGGGUAAGUGGAAACAUGCAGACAUGGACAUCAAGCCUAUUAACAAGAGGGCCUCAGGCCAGGCCUUUGAGGUCAUCCUGAAGCCGACCUCCCCUGUGUCCGAUGUUGCUCACUGCGUUACCACCCCUCCAAAGAAAGACAUUUCCCUGGAGGACAUCCAGAAGAAACUGGAGGCAGCUGAGGACCGGAGGAGAUCCCAGGAGGCGCAGGUACUCCGGGCCCUGGCUGAGAAGCGGGACCACGAGCGUGAUGUGCUGCUGAAGGCCAUGGAGGAGAACAGCAACUUUAGCCGCAUGGCUGAGGAGAAGCUCCAGCAGAAGAUGGAGCAGAUCGAGGAGAAUCGGAUGGCUUACCUGGCCAGCAUGAUGGACCGCCUGCAGGAGAGGGAGAGGCGUGCUCAGGAGGUGCGCAGGAACAAGGAGUUGAGAGAAGAGGUGACAGCGUGA